AUGCAGCUCUACAGCUCCGUGAUCACCCACUACCCGGCAGGCGGGACAGCCGCUGCAGCAGCUGCCGCUGCCACCUCGCCGAACACUGCCGGUGUCUUCAAGGUUUCCCUGUCGUCGGGACCCCCCUCCGCGGAGGCACCGAGCACUGCUGACGCCGCGGGCCCUAGCCCGACCGCCGAGAGUUCCGCCAAAGACGGCUUCGUUCCCGGGGGGGGAAGCAGCAGCAGCAGCAGCGCCGCCGCCAUGCCCGCCUUCUCGUCUUGCCUGGAGGUGAUGCCCAGCGGCCCCGCGGCGGGCUCUGGCAGCCGGCCGGCGGGCGGCCCGCAGUACAGCUCCUGCGCCCAAGUCACCGUCAGCCGCCGCCGGCCGCUGGAGCGGAUUGUGCCCAUCCGGAUCGUGCAGCGACCUGAUGCCCCCGGCGAGCUGGUACCGGCCUCGCCCCGCAGCCGCGCCUUGCUGGAGGGCAUCCUGGAGAGCAUGCGGCAGGCCGGGGGGGACGGCGAGGCCGCCGUGCUGCCGCCGCCCGCCGAGGAGCCCAGCAAUCGCAGCCUGCGCCUCAGCGAGCACUGCCAGGCGCUGCAGGCGGCGGCCGCCGGCGCCCAGCCCGGGCUGGUCCCCGGUUGUCGCUCGGCGGAGAGGAGCAGUAGCCCGGCGCAGCCCGCCGCCGGUCGCUCGCCCGAGGAGGAGGAUGAGGAUGGGGGCAACCCCGAUGUGCGCAGAGAGCCGGGCGUCAGGCCGGAGCGCAGUGAGAAGCUAGCGCUGUACCUGGCCGAGGUGGAAAAGCAGGACAAGUACCUGCGGCAGAAGGGCCGCUUCCGCUUCCACAUCAUCCCCGACGGGAACUGCCUCUACCGCGCCGUCUGCAAGGCGGUGUACGGGGACCAACGGCUGCACGGCGAGCUCCGCGAGCAGACCGUACACUAUAUCGCCGACCACCUGGACCACUUCAACCCCAUCAUCGAGGGCGACGUGGGGGAAUUCCUGAUCGGGGCCGCCCAGGACGGGGCUUGGGCCGGCUACCCAGAGCUGCUGGCCAUGGGGCAAAUGCUGAACGUGAACAUCCACCUUACGACGGGCGGCCGGGCCGAGAGCCCCACCGUCUCCACCAUGGUUCACUACUUGGGGCCCGAGGAUCCCACACGGCCCAGUAUCUGGCUGAGCUGGCUUAGCAACGGGCACUACGAUGCCGUGCUGGACCGCGUGUGCCCCAACCCGGAGUACGAGGCGUGGUGCAGACAGACUCAGGUACAGCGCAGGCGGGAUGAGGAGCUGGCCAAGUCCAUGGCAGUGUCCUUGUCCAAGAUGUACAUUGAGCAGAAUGCCUGCUCAUGAGAAUGUCUGAGCCGCAGGCUGGGAGCUUUGCUGCAGGGACUGGGACAGACAGAAGAGGUGUGCUGGCUGUGAUGGUGAUGCCUUAAUCCUUAACGAAGCAGCAGCACCCCAGACUAAGAAGGACUGUAGAUCGUGGGGGAUAAAAUACAAAGGCGUUUGUAAUGUUUCUGUUGUAUAAACUUAGCCUCGGAAUAUUUGCAAGCAGAUUCUCCGUGUAGCUUUGUAUCUCCCCUCCCUUCUGUCUAUUUUCUAUCAGAAUGUAUUUUUUGCACAAGAUUUUUAAACUGUUACCUCCAUCUUCUACAUCUGACAUGACUCUCUGGCUUUCAGCUGUACAGCCAAAAACGUUUGUAAAGAGUUUUUUGGUGGUGUUUUUUUUUUUUGUUUGUUUGUUUUUUGGUAAAUAAGGCUUAUGAUGUAACAGCUAUUUUUUGCUGUGUUUUUUACCCAUAAAACCUUAUAUUUGAAACAAACGAAGUUGAUGUCAAACUGACCCUCCCUGAGUGACGAAAGCGUGGCGGGUGGUUUUCUUGCAAAGCUAAAACAAUGGGUUUUGUCAAAGUGCAGCAAAGUAUGAACAGGCUGCUUUUCAGAACAGUUGCUUUCUCUGCCUGGAGCACAGAACAGGUCCUUUGAGCCAGUUGGAAUGCAGCUACAGAUGAACAGUACAGGGAGCAAUUGACUCUUCUGUAUUUAAUUACUGUUUUGAGUAAACUGGCCUCUUGUUGCCUGGUUGGCUCACCCUCUGCUCCGUUUAUAUUAUUUAUCUCUAAUAACAGAACAUUAACUUGCAAUAGAAUGUUGUGACUAGAUAAUAGCCUCCUGCUUUGGCAAUAAUUGCCUUGGCUGCACCUUGGUGUUUGUGUUCUUGUUUCUGAGGUUAUGGUGUCUUUCGUAUAAGCCCUGCUUCUUUUGUUUUUUUGCCACUGGUGUUGUGCCAGCAAAUCAUUAUCUGAUCACAACAUUUUAUCCACUUUAUUUUCUUAUCAGGAAUGGGAUUCCACAGUAUGGUUUAAAAGGAAGAUAUUUAAAUGGAGGUUUGUAUGGUUUGCUGGGUCAAACAUGUAAAUGUUUCCAAUCUGAAUUCUGUCUCUUCUACUUUCUGAUUAACUUGGUAGAUAUAUUUAUUAAGUA